GUGUGGUGCGGUGGCAGCAGUCGCCUUAUACAUCCCUCGUAAGCAAAACGGCCGAGCCGAGGCAUCUCGCCCUCCCAAGCCUUCAAGCCGGCCUAGCCCGAAGCAACGAGGCAACCUCUCCCCUCACUCUCCAAUCACGGCGUGCAACGCAAGGUGGCGAGUGCUCCGACCUCAUCCAGAAACACACUCGAGGGAUGUGAGAGGACUGCAAGUUAAGUCCAGGGCACUCGCAUUGCAAAGAUGGGCGGAGCAGGCGACGAUAUCGGGGUCAAGUUCUCCAAUGGUUGCCGCAUCACUCACGGCACAGGCGCAAACGUCAAGAAACCGUUUGACGACAUCCCCUUGACUAUGCACGAGCUGUCCCCAAGCAAUUCGCAAGGCUUCAAAGGCCAGCUGGGCUUCAUCGAGUUCAACUCCGACCUCCGACUGCCUCGACACAUCCACAUGUCCGCCGACAAGACCAAGCUCGUCGACGAGCGCAUCCUCGUCUUGAACGGCGUGGGACUCGUCGAGGUUGCAGGCAAGGUCUAUGCAGCCGCUCCUGGCACGCUGGCAGACCUCGUUGGCGGCGUUCCGCACACUUGGACGGCGUGUCCGGCUGGCGUCAAACUGCCGGACGGAUCGGUGUCGAAUGGCAAGUUCACCAUGGUGUAUGAAUAUGAGGAACCGACAUCCUUCUUUCCAACCAAGUCAACUACGGUCAUCACGGAUGUGUCCAAGUAUGAGCCGUUUGAGGGCAACGAUUACGACGAAAUCCGCUUUCCGAAGCUCACUGCUCAGCAGGUCGUUGAGCAUGGAGAGAUAGUGUUUGAUACUGAAGUAUGUAAAUUGUCACUGGCUUGAGAGCUGUAACCUCAACUCCAUUCACGCUUGUCCAUCGUGGUACUGU